AUGACUGUAGACAUGAAGUUGGCAGCGAAGAGUGAUCCCUUCAGAUCAGCAGGGAGUAUCGUUGAUCAGCUAGUCCAGGAACAUUUAGGUCCGGCUCCCUGCCCAGCGCUGCCAACGAUCGAUCGUCUAGUACACACAGCAAACUACUGUCGCCAGACCAGCCGGCCGAAGAAUCCAACUGACUUGGAAUUCGAGUUGAAAAUGGAUUUCAUCCCAGACAACUUCUUAAAAGGAGAUGUCACUACUGGAAGAAAACGGCAUUUGAUCUUUUCAACAGAUCAACAGCUGCAGCUGUUAUCUAGAUCCAAGUGCUGGUACGCAGACGGUACCUUCAAGCUUGUGAAGGAACCGUUCACGCAGCUCUUUAGCGUACAUUCUUUCAUCAGGCGUGAAGACUGUGCAAAACAGAUACCACUUGUUUUCUGCCUGAUGUCUGGACGUCGCAAAAAGGACUACAUGGCUGUUUUGGAGGCGAUCAUUGGGAUGUUGCCCCAGGCACCGAGGGUACAACGUCUGGUGAUUGACUUUGAAUCAGCCUUGUGGAGAGCUGCUGCGUCCGUGAUCCCAGACGUACAGAUAAAGGGGUGUUCGUUUCACUGGACACAGGCUGUCUGGAGAAAGAUUCAAGACCUUGGUCUUCGUGAAGCCUACCGUAGUGACAACGACACUCACAGAUAUCUGAGGAAAUUGAUGUCAUUGCCUUUUCUUCCACAUCAACACAUUCCAGCUGUGUUUGAUGGGUUGAAGGCAGAAGCAUCAACUGACCAGCUGACAACUUUAGUCGAAUACCUGGAAGCGACCUGGAUCCUGGAUGCAACAUGGACACCAGACAGCUGGAGCGUAUACUUUCAGAGUAUACGCACCAACAACGACGUUGAAGGAUGGCAUUUCAGACUUAACAAUCGAGGUCGUCCCCAAGUCCAGCUCUACCUGCUUGUGUCCCUGCUGCACAAAGAAGCCACCCACAUCAGCAACCAGCUGAGGAUUUAA